AACAAAACAAAACAAAAAUGAUAGUUGAUCCAAGCUCAAAAAAUAGGUUAAUUAUAGUACAUGGUGUUCUUAUGGUAUUUGUAUGGCUAUUUGCUGUACCUUUUGCUGUAGGAAUAAAUAUAUAUGCCAGAAAAAAAGGUUUUGCUUGGGGGCCUAAAGUACAUAUGAUAGUUAUGGCUACUUUUGUCUUGAUACCUUUUACAAUAUCAUCUGUAAUAGCUUUUGUUAUAUCUGGAGAGCUUAAGCUAAGACCUCAUUCAAGUAUUGGAACUGUAUUAUCUUUUGGAAUAUGGAUUCAAGUAACAUUAGGUGUAACCAAUCAUCUUGUUUUUCGAUAUAGACUCAAGAAUAAUUGCUUACCUGAUAAACGUCCCUGGAAUAAUCAUGUUCAUAUUUGGUUUGGAAGAGGACUGUUAUUGUUAGCUGCUGUUAAUAUACCAUUAGGUAUGAGAAUGAAGAGAGUACCUCUAGGUAUGUUUAUUGCUUAUGCUAUCUGGAUGUCUAUUUUGUUUAUUACCUUUAUCUGUUUAAUUUGGAUGAAAGAAGAAAAAUCAUUACCAAAAAUAAAGGAAAUAAACGAAAAUGUAUCAGAGAAAGCGAUAUGUAUAGAUAUAAAUGCAAGAAAAGGAAGAAUAGAUAACAACCUUAAUGAAGUAGUAUCUUCCCCAAAAAAAAUGAAGAAAUAACCAAAUAACAGUAGACAUAUUUACAAUAUUGAUAUUAUUAUAUAAUAAAUUAAAUUUAAAUCCCG